AUGAUCAUAUUUUCACCCAUAUCUCAAAAGAGUUCCCUCUUAUCGCGAUAUACUUCCGUUUCAUUACUCUUCAACACUACUAAAAGAUCAUAUUCAUAUUCUAAAACACUGUUACAACAGCAACAAAAUGCAACCACAACCACAACAACUCCAAUCUCUGCAAAAAUAUUACAAAUAAUACCAAACAAUACAGAUAUAGCAACAUUAGAAAAGCAAGAUGAACUCAUAAAAUCUCGUAGAAAAUUAUUAAAACAAACAAUUAAGAUAAAAUCAAGAAAACCAAUCUCGCCAGGUUUAAGAUGGUUUAAAACACCAAUAUAUACUCAUCUUUUCAAAGGUAAACCAAUAAAAUCAUUAACCAUCCAUAAAAAGGUCACCGCUGGAAGAAACAACCAGGGGAAAAUAACUGUAAGACAUCGUGGUGGAGGUCACAAGAGACGGAUUCGUACUUUGGAUUAUUUUAGAUGGGAUUCCAAUCCACAAUUAGUGAAAAGAAUUGAAUUCGAUCCAAAUAGAUCUGCUCAUAUUGCGCUGCUAGAAUCAACCAACGAGAAGGAGAAAACAUUAUCUUAUGUAGUCGCUACAGAUGGAUUAAGGAAAGGUGAUAUAAUUCAAUCAUUUAGGAACGGGAUACCAAAGGAUAUAUUGUUGGAAAUGAAUGGUAAAAUUGACCCCGCGUUAUUGAGUGUGAAAACUGCACAGAGAGGUAAUUGUUUACCCAUCUCAAUGAUCCCAAUUGGUUCUGUCAUUCAUAAUGUGGGGAUUACUCCCGUGGGACCUGCUAAAUUUUGUAGAGCUGCUGGUACUUAUGCUAGAUUGAUUUCAAAAUUGAAUGAUAAGAAAAAGGCUAUAGUAAGAUUACAAAGUGGGGAACAUAGAUAUGUUUCCAUCGAUGCUUGUGCUACAAUGGGGAUAGUGUCAAAUGUUGACCAUCAAAAUAGAUCAUUGGGGAAAGCGGGCAGAUCAAGAAAUUUAGGUAGAAGACCUCAUGUUAGAGGUGUCGCAAUGAAUAAAUGUGAUCAUCCUCAUGGUGGUGGUCGUGGUAAAUCAAAAUCAAAUAAAUUAUCAAUGUCACCAUGGGGACAAUUAGCUAAGGGUUACAAAACUAGAAGAGGUAAAAAUCAAAAUCAAAUGAAAGUGAAAGAUAGGCCAAGACGUAAUAAUAAACGAUAG